CCCAGGCUCGGAUCCGUUCCCGGCCCUCGAGGGCGCCGCCGCCUCCAUCCCCGCCUCUGCAGCGUCCGCAGCGGCUGACGCCCGGGCGGGACCCCGGCGUGAGCACCCGGCGCCCCCCCAGGAGUGCACGACCCCCGGAGCCGCCCUCGAUACGGACCGCGCCUGCCGGGCACACAAGAAUGGUCACUCAGAUACUGGGGGCCAUGGAGUCUCAGGUUGGGGGGGGGCCGGCCGGCCCGGCCCUGCCCAACGGGCCACUCCUUGGGACAAAUGGAGCCACUGAUGACAGCAAAACCAACCUCAUCGUCAACUACCUACCCCAGAACAUGACACAGGAUGAGUUCAAGAGUCUCUUCGGCAGCAUUGGAGACAUCGAAUCCUGCAAGUUGGUUCGGGAUAAGAUCACAGGGCAGAGCCUGGGCUAUGGGUUUGUGAACUAUUCUGACCCCAACGAUGCAGACAAAGCCAUCAACACCCUCAAUGGCCUCAAAUUGCAGACAAAGACCAUCAAGGUGUCCUAUGCACGCCCCAGUUCUGCCUCUAUUCGGGAUGCUAACCUGUACGUCAGCGGCCUCCCCAAGACCAUGAGCCAGAAGGAGAUGGAACAGCUCUUCUCCCAGUACGGACGCAUCAUUACUUCCAGGAUCCUGCUGGAUCAGGCCACAGGUGUCUCUCGGGGUGUGGGAUUCAUCCGCUUUGACAAGAGGAUCGAGGCAGAGGAGGCCAUCAAGGGACUGAAUGGACAGAAACCACUGGGUGCAGCAGAGCCAAUCACGGUCAAAUUCGCAAACAACCCAAGUCAGAAGACAGGACAGGCCCUGCUCACCCACCUGUACCAGUCCUCUGCCCGGCGCUACGCGGGUCCCCUGCAUCAUCAGACACAGCGCUUCCGGCUGGACAAUCUGCUCAACAUGGCCUAUGGAGUCAAAAGUCCCCUGUCACUCAUCGCCAGGUUUUCCCCAAUCGCCAUCGAUGGCAUGAGUGGCCUGGCAGGUGUGGGCUUGUCCGGAGGCGCUGCAGGCGCUGGCUGGUGCAUCUUCGUGUACAACCUGUCCCCGGAAGCAGAUGAGAGCGUGCUGUGGCAGCUUUUCGGACCCUUUGGGGCAGUCACCAAUGUCAAGGUCAUCCGAGAUUUCACCACCAACAAGUGCAAGGGCUUCGGCUUCGUCACCAUGACCAACUACGAUGAGGCAGCCAUGGCCAUUGCCAGCCUGAAUGGCUAUCGCCUGGGUGAGCGCGUGCUGCAGGUGUCCUUCAAGACCAGCAAGCAGCACAAAGCCUGAGCAUUCACCGCCCUCCCUCCCCGGGCAGCAGAGAGAGAGGGAGAGAGAGAGA